GCAGGACUGAAUGGCAUUUCUCCCUUCUCUCAUACUGCAGUUGGGGCCCAGCCAGAUACAGAAGGAAGACAAGCCUUUGAGCAAGUCGAUGAGGAUAUCGCGGUAUCGCAAAGUCAGAUUAAAUUUAUCUGCCCCAUCACACAGGAGGAAAUGAAGAAUCCAGUUAGGAAUAAAAUCUGCGGCCACACCUAUGAGGAAUCAGCCAUCUUGGAACAUAUCUGGCGCAGAAAGCAACGUAAGAAAAAAGUCAGCUGCCCCCAAGUUGGCUGCAACAACGAGGAGGUCAAGAAAGAAGACCUGAUGUCUGAUGAAGUCCUUAAAAGAACAAUUGACAGUCGGAGUAAACAGAGCUAGUCAACACAGCAGAGGGCAUCUGGCCCCAGUGGUUGUUACAACAAAGAACAUGUGGCAGUAGAAAAGUUCAUCUGA